GACAUUAAGCACUGUUCAAGUUAGGAACUUACUUUAACCAGUUUCCUUGUCUUCCCUGUUAUUUUGUAAAUACUACAUUUUCUCAGCAUCUAAUGACAUACCAAAAUCCCAGUGUGUACAUUUUGAGAGGUUUUUCUGAGGAUCUACAAUCUAAACAUUGCUGAAAGAAUUUCCAGGGAGAGGAAAAAUUGAGAGUCCGCUAAAGAAUCUACUGAGGGAGGCCAUUGAAUAUUUUGAUUUUCAAAUCUAUGAUCCUGCUCUGCUGGGACUCAAGAAUUGGCUGUGAUCAAGAAGGGACCAGCACUAUUGAGGCGUGCCCAUAAUUUCAUAGAUGAUGAAUGAAUACAAGAAAAUUGUUCUCCUAAAAGGAUUAGAGGGCAUGGAUGACUACCAUUUUAGGACAAUCAAGUCCUUACUAAGAAAAGAACUAAAUCUAACUAAAAAAUUACAAGAUGAAUAUGACAGAAUUCAGGUGGCAGACAUGAUGGAGGACACAUUCUCACAUGAUGCUGGACUGGACAAAUUGAUAAAAGUGUGUGAAGGCAUAAAAGAACUUGAAGACCUUGCUAAAAAGCUUAAAAAAGAGAAGGCAAAAGUUAAAAAGCAAAAGAAAGAAAAAAAUAAAACUGCAGUGAAAAAAGGAAAGCAAGAUGAACCCAGUAGUUCCCAAUCUCUUUCCACUGAUGAUGAGUCAAGCAUGACUAAACCCUCUUCAACGAAAAAGAGAAAAACACCCACAAAAACGGAAGGUGGAAAGAAAAAGAAGCUCACCCAGGAGACAACUCAGCUUCUAGAACCUUCGCGAAGCAACACACAUAAAGAUGAAGGGUGUCUCCAGACUCCUCAAAAGCUUCCACCAACACCAUCCAUCAGUUCCUCAAACAAGAAACAGAAAAACCCAGGCAUCAAAAAACAUGGCACUAUAAACACAGAAGUUUCCCAGAAAAAAAAACAGCUUCAAGAAUUGUCAGCGAAUAACACCCUCUCAGCUGUGAGUGAACUGGAUACUCUUCAGGGACUUUCAGCAACAGCUUCUAGAAGUCUCAAGACUCCUUAUGCACUUCCAGAAAUAGGUUUGACUUCAAAGAUGUCUCAUGGCUCUCCAGCACCACCUAGCCAGAAUUUUCCAAUGUCUCCAGCAUCAAACUCCAGCAUGCACCAGAACUCUCAUAUGCCUCUAACACUGUCCAGUGCUAUUCAGGUUCCUCAUGUACAUUCAGCAACAGCAUUUAGUAGUGUGCGGGUCCCUUGCAUGCCUUCAGUGUCCAGCUCUUUCAGUGUUCCUCAGAUGUCUCUAGUAUCAGUGCCUAGCAAUACCCAGAAUCUUUGUCCACCUACAGCAGCUGCAUUCAAUAGCAUGCAGGCUCCUCACACUCCUCAAAGAGUAGCACCCAGAAAUAUCCAAACCCCUAGUGUUCCUUCUGAGACAUUGAAAAGUAAAGCCCAGAACAUAAAGAUGUCUCCAGCAACAGCCUCCAGCAACAUUCAGGUUCCCCAUGCUCAAAGAGGAGCACCCAGAAGUAUCCAAACCCCUAGCGUUCCUUCUGAGACAUUGAAAAGUAAAGCCCAGAACAUAAAGAUGUCUCCAGCAACAGCCUCCAGCAAUGUGCAGGUUCCCCAUGCUCUUCCAGAAGCAGUGUCCAGAAAUGUCUGCACCACUCAGGUGCCUCAAACACCCAUCAGCAUUCUGACUCUUAACUCUGCUACAGUAAGAGCACCCAGGAAUACCGAGGUCCCAGGUCCCAUAGACACUGUACCUGUUUAUUUCCUGGCUUCUUUGGCAUCUCCGGCAACAGAAUCCAGUAGUUUCCAGGCUUCUCACGUACUUCUACCAACAGCAUGUAAGAGUGUUGCAGCUCCUCAGGUGCCUAUACCAAUAGAAACAAACAGAGUCCAAACCACUCAAAAGCAUACAGGAGCAGCAGCCAAAUUCAUCCAGCCUCUUCAUGCUGCUCCACUCACAGUGUCUAAGAGUGUGGGUGCCAUUCACGUGCCUCCAGGAGUAGCAGCAUCCAGAACUAUGCAGACCCUUCCUUGUCCUAGUAGUGUCCAGGCUCCUCAGAUGCCUUCAGCAACAACAUCCAAAAGUUUCCUGGCUCCAUGUGCAUCUUCACCAACAGCAUUCAGCAGUCUCCUGGCUCCACGGGUGUGUCCUGCAACAGCAUCUAGUAGUCUUCAGGCUUCUCUGGUGCCUCCAGCAACGAAAAGCAGCAGUCCAUCCAGGACACCAGGGAGAGGAAACAUACCAAAGGAGCCUUCUAAGGAACAAGGACAUCAGCAGGGACCCAAAGAAGUGAUGGUGUUGAAAGUCACAGAACCAUUUACCUAUGAUUUGAUUAAGGACAAAUGGAUGUUCCAUGCUACUGUAGCUACUGAGACUGAAUUCUUCAGAGUAAAGGUUUUUGACACAGUCCUAAAGAACAAAUUCAUUCCAAAAAAGAUAAUUGUAAUAUCCGAUUAUUCUGACAGCAAUGGAUUUCUAGAGAUACACAGCACUACCUGUGUGUCUGAUGUGAAUGUUAACCAAGCAAUGGUUAUCCCAAAUACACUGAAGCAAAGAGCCAAUGCAACUCCUAAAAUCAAGGAUCUUUUCUCACAAAUGAAAGGGACAUAUGUGAAUGGAGAGUUUAUAGUAUUUAAGAAAAAUGAGAGGAAUAACUUCAUUUGCUAUGGCAUAGAAGAUGACACCGGGAGAAUGGAAGUGGUUGUCUAUGGACGGCUGACAAGUAUCAGGUGUGACCCAGGGAAUAAACUUCGGCUUGUUUGCUUUGAAUUGUCCUCAAGUGAAGACACAUGGCAGCUGAGGUCUGUAAGGCACAGUUAUAUGCAGAAACGCUCUUACAGUACCAUCACUCUCAGACCCUCAGGCAGAGUUCCAAACCUUCCCACUGGAUUGUCCAUAAUUUUAGAGAAAAUGAGUGAAUACAAGAAAAGUGUUCUUUUACAAGGAAUACAGAGCAUGGAUGACAACCAUUUUAGGACAAUCAAGUCCUUACUAAGAAAAAAACUAAAUCUAACGAAAAAGAUGCAAGAGAAUUAUGACAGAAUUCAAAUAGCUGACCUGAUGGAGGACAAAUUUCCACAAGAUGCUGGACUGGACACACUGAUUGAUGUGUGUCAAAGCAUUAAAGAACUUAAAGGCUUUGUGAAAACACUGAAAACACAGAAAGCAAAAGUUAAAAAGCAAAAGAAAGGAAAAAAUAAAACUGCAGUGAAAAAAGAAAAGCAAGAUGAACCCAGUAGUUCCCAAUCUCUUUCCACUGAUGAUGAAUUCAACAAGAAUAAACCCUCUUCAAAGAGAAAGAGAAAAACACCCACAAAAACUGAAGGUGGCAAGAAAAGGAAGCUCACCCAGGAGCCAACACAGCUUCCAGGACCUUCACGAAGCAACGCAGGAAAAGAUGAAGGUUGUCUCCAGACUCCUCAAAAGCCUCCACCAACACCAUCCAUUCCUUCCUCAAAGAAGAAAUCAGAGAGUGAAAACCUACCAAAGGAGCCUUCUAAGGAACAUGGGCAUCAGCGUGGAAUCAAAGAAGUUAUGGUGUUGAAAGUAACAGAACCAUUUACUUAUGAUAUGAUUAACAACAAAAUGAUGUUCCAUGCUACAGUGGCUACUGAGACUGAAUUCUUCAGAGUGAAGGUUUUUGAUGCAGCCCUAAAGAACAAAUUCAUUCCAAAAAGGAUCAUUGCAAUAACUGAUUAUUUUGGCUUCAAUGGAUUUCUGGAGAUAUACAGCACUUACUCUGUGUCUGAUGUGAAUGUUAACCAAGCAAUGGUUAUCCCAAAUACACUGAAGCAAAGAGCCAAUGCAACUCCUAAAAUCAAGGAUCUUUUCUCACAAACGAAAGGGACAUAUGUGAAUGGAGAGUUUAUGGUAUUUAAGAAAAAUGAGAGGAAUAACUUCAUUUGCUAUGGCAUAGAAGAUGACACCGGGAGAAUGGAAGUGGUUGUCUAUGGACGGCUGACCAAUAUCAAGUGUGACCCAGGGAAUAAACUUCGGCUUGUUUGCUUUGAAUUGUCCUCAAGUGAAGACACAUGGCAGCUGAGGUCUGUAAGGCACAGUUAUAUGCAGGUCAUCAAAGUCAGAAGAAAAGUCUCUCAGCACUGAUACAAUUAUGAAAACCUCCCUAGAACCAUACUCCUGAAAACCUGGAUGCCAAGGAUAUUGUUAACAGAUAUAACAUUCAAGUCCAAAAUGUAAAUGUAUAUAUUACCUUUUGAAAUGCAUACCAAUUAAAGCCAGCUCUUUGAUUGUUUGUUUCUCUCUUUGUGUUCCAAGACAGGGUUUCACUGUUUAGUGCUUAAUAUCCUGAAAAUCACUUUGUAAACUAGGCCGGCCUCAAAUUCAGAGAUGUUCCAGCUUCUGAGUCCCUUUUGCUGGGAUUCAAGGCCUGCAGCCACCACAGCCCAGCCUGCUCUUAAUUCUAGGAAACAGUGCUUCAUUCUAUUCUUUAUACAUUUUGUAUUAAUCUAAAUUUCAUGUUUGUGUAUAUAAUCUUUAUCAUUGGUAAUCUAUAAGUUUAAAAAACUUAAAAAAACUCACAUUUUCUAUAAAGCAGUGAUUCCCUGGGAAUAUCUUUCAACCAUUUGAGAGUUGCUGUAAAAUAAAAAGUUAGUGGUCUCCAGAUAAAUCUGUGGAAUACAGGUUUUAAGUGUGUUGUUUAAGGACAAAUCAUGUUAAAGAACAAAUAGACUGUGUCCUGCCCAGAAAAGCCAAGGCAUUAAAAAGACACAGGAGAAGUUUGAAUUCAGCCUUGAGUUCAGUUUCCAAAACUAGUAUGCUGAGGACAGGACAAGAUUUGACCCAUUUUGCUGAGUAAAUGUGAGUGUGUUAUACAGUUUAACUACUUAAGCAAAGAAUCCCCCAAAGUGGGGUGUUAAGAGUAGGGAAAAAUAUUUGCAGCAGUAAAGAAUUUCAACUCCAAUUCUAGUAUGAAAUAUGUCACCAGAAAUCCUGAGAGCAAAUGAGCAAGCCCUAUGACAAAGGAAUUAAGAAAUUAGUCAGGAUUCCCAGAGGGGCCUUUCUGGAGUAUUGUAAACUCUCUCCCUGAUCUGAAAACACACCAGACCAAAGCAAAUUAAGGAGGAACAGGUUUAAUUUUGCUCACAGUUUAGUGGUAGAGGUGAGUGAGAUGGAGAGUCACAUUGUGAUCAUAGCAGGAUGCAGAAGGAGGUGAGUUGCAGAGCAGAGUGCUCUGUGUGUGUCUCUGUAUCUCCCUAUGUCUCUCUCUCUCUUUUUAUUCAAUUAUAAAUCUAAAUCUAUUCUAUUCGACUAUACCACCCACACUUAAGAUGAGUGUUUCAAAUUCCUAACCCCAUCUAGAAAGCCCCUCAUGUACAUUCGAAAGGUAUUCUCAUGAGUGAUUCUAGAUCCUGUCUGGUUCACAAUCAAUACGAAUUGUCACAGGGGGCAACGAUCUGACAUGGAGGUAAGGGCAAAGAAAAGGUGGGAAUAGAAGAAAUAAUGGCAGGAAGACAUAAGAGAAAAGGAUGAGUGCAACUCUCAUCUUGGAAAUCCAUAUUUUAUUUCCCAUUCUGAUAAUCCUGAAAAUUUGGGCUUAAUAGAUUAUGUUUAGUUGAUGAUCACUUCCCAUAAAUAAAUCAAUGUUACUAGAAAAUGAUUUGUGGAAGGCAAUUAUGUUUGUUCUUCCUUUAUUAUUUGUUUUGUUUUAGCUUUGUUCUUCCAGCACAUGAGGAUGAGACAGGCUAGCAUGGGGAAGAGCUUAGACACUUGAGACUCCACUUUUCUUGUCCAAUAACCACAAGUGCACUUUCCAGCCAGAGACUACCAUCUGUAUCUCCUGUGUACACACAAUAUUCUUCUCACAAUAUAACUGAAAACUGUUUGACCACAUGGACACACACAUAUAUCAGGUUGCAAAUAUAUAUAUAUAUAUGUACAUAUAUAUAUUGCAAACAGUGAAAUUAUUACUGUCCUUAGAAAUAUUUCAUAAAAUACUUAUUUAUAUUCAAUGUGUCACAGAACCUUCUUGAUACAAAGAAAGAUGAUCUGACCCAGCCCAGACUAGUUUGACUACCUGUACAAGACAAACUCUAUACUCAAAGGGAGUUUUUAUGAUGAAUAUACUAUUUGCCACUUCUUCCUAUGUAUAAUUGUGUGUAUAUAAUCAAAAUAAAAUACUGUGUGGAAAGGGAUGUGUAGAGGAAGGAAAUGCCUACCUAACCUAAGCCCAUCAGUUGAACUGAAGAUUCACCUGUCUCACACCUUUUCAGCAACCCAACUCCUCCUUCUCUUGAACUCCAUGAAAAGGGCUCCAAAGAAAAUCUCAGGCCCUUGAGCCCCCUUCCUCAUGUGGCUCACUGUUGCUCUUCAUGAAUAUUCAUGUCUGGUCUGUACUGUCACUUUGCAUGAAUAAAGUUUCGCUGCUUCUUUA